AUGAUGCUGUUUAAGAAAGGGAAGCUGCUGAUACUCCUGGGUUCCCAGGUGAUAGUUGGAGCGCUCUUCCUCUGUAUGUCCAGCCAUAGACACUUGUUCCAGAGGGAAGAGCCCAGGAGGCCUGUGCAUGUGCUCGUCCUGUCUUCCUGGCGGUCGGGAUCCUCUUUUGUGGGACAGCUUUUUGGGCAGCACCCGGAUGUGUUCUACCUGAUGGAGCCUGCUUGGCACGUAUGGAUGACGUUCACCAGCAGCACGGCCUGGAAGCUGCACAUGGCUGUGCGGGAUCUUCUGCGUUCCGUCUUCCUGUGUGACAUGAGCGUCUUUGAUGCCUACAUGAACCCAGGCCCCCGAAAACAAUCCAGCCUCUUCCAGUGGGAGCAAAGCCGGGCCCUGUGCUCAUCGCCUGUUUGUGACUUCUUCUCUGCUGACCAGAUCAGCUCGCCCAAGAAGUGUAAGCUGCUCUGCAGUCAGCAGCCUUUUGAUCUGGUGGAGCAGGCCUGCCGCUCUCAUAGCUAUGUGGCACUCAAGGAGGUGCGUUUCCUCAGCCUGCAGGCCCUCUACCCACUGCUCACAGACCCUUCCCUCAACCUGCACGUCGUGCACCUGGUCCGAGACCCCCGGGCUGUGUUCCGAUCCCGGGAACACACCACAACAGAACUCAUGAUUGACAGUCAUAUUAUGCUAGGGAAGGAUUUGAAAACGAUCAGGGAGGAAGACCAGCCCUAUUAUGUCAUGAAGAUCAUCUGCAAAAGCCAGGUGGACAUAGUCAAGGCCAUCCAAACCCUACCUGAAGCUCUGCAGCAGCGCUACCUGUUCCUGAGGUACGAGGACCUGGUUCGGGCACCCGUGGCCCAGACUUCCAGACUCUAUAAAUUCGUGGGGUUGAAUUUUUUGCCUCAUCUCCAAACCUGGGUUCAAAACGUCACCCAUGGCAAGGGCAUGGGUAAGCAUGCCUUCCAUACUAACGCCAGGAACGCCCUCAACGUCUCUCAGGCAUGGCGUUGGUCCUUACCGUAUGAAAAGGUUUCUCAACUUCAAGAUGCCUGUGGUGAGGCUAUGGAUUUACUGGGAUACCUCCAAGUCAGAUCCCAGCAAGAGCAAGAUAACCUGUCCCUGGAUCUUCUGUCUUCCUCCCGUGUCUUGGGGCAGUUCUUCUGA